GAGAACAGCAGGUCAUCUGAACGAUCAAGAGAUCACUAAGACGCAAUAACAUUACAAGUAGCCUACUGACGAUGUUUUUUCGCCAACCAUUUAAUCCAAGCGCAAAAGUGUCAAUUUUUUGACAGGGAUUGUGUACAGAGAAGAUGAAGACUCUUUGGACAUUAUUCAGGUGUACGUGAACUAUGAGAAUAAUUUGGGGGCUUUAGUCUCUCGUGGGCAAUUUGACUUCAACGCUGAGCCCCCUUGGGAUCCUAGCUGAUAAUUGGAGAGGUCAAUUAUUGACCUGUCCAUUGGAUAUCGCUAGGACCCAAGAGCUCUGAGGCUUUUCAUAAUCAGGUGACCAUCAGUUUCUCAAUGACUAUGAAGGGAACACUGAAUGAUGUCCACCAUUGUGUGGAGGUGCUGAAGGACACCACAGCUCUCAGAGAUGUGAUCGAUAAAAACAUACGUGACCAAACUCUUGCACAAAAGAGCGCUUUCUAUGUUGCCGACCUUGGCGUGAUUUUGUGGCAGCAGGUUCGCUGGAGGGCUAAAAUGGAGCGGGUUCGACCGUUUUACACGGUCCGGUGCAACAGCAGUCCAGUUGUGAUUGAGCUCCUGGCUGAUCUUGGCACCGGCUUUGUUUGCUCCAGCAAGAAUGAGCUGGACCUAGUGAAGGGCUUUGGGGUCCCAUCUCAGGACAUCAUGCUCGGUGGCAUGUGUAAGCAGCUCGCUCACAUCAAAUACGCAGCCAAACACAACAUUCCUCUUCUGGUUUGUGACAAUGAGGCCGAGUUGAGGAAAAUUGCUCGCUGUCACCCCAAAGCAAAGGUGAUACUACAGUUGAUGUCAGAUAGCUGUUGUGAAAGAGAAAAGACAGCGCUGGUGUUCGGCUUGACGCUGAAGGACUGCAGACGUCUACUGGAGAACGCUAAAGAACUCAAUCUGAACAUUGCAGGAGUCAAAUUCAACGUUCCCAGCUGCUGUCAGGACGCAGAAGCAUUGUGUCGUGCUGUGUCUGAAGCCCGCUGUGUUUUUGAUAUGGGGGAGGAGCUCGGCUUUGAAAUGAAUAUUCUGGACAUUGGAGGAGGCUUUGACGGAAGUGAGGCGCAGUUAGAAAAGGUUAGCGCCACAUUGAGACCCAUGCUGGACAUGUACUUUCCUCCAUCAACCAGCUUGUCAAUCAUUGCUGAACCCGGAUCUUAUUAUGUGUCGUCUGCUUUCACGCUGGCCGUGAAUAUCAUCGAUAAGAAAAGCCUGGGGCGGGAUUUUAGCGAUCAAGCACACAAUACAUUGUCAGCCAAUGAUGAGCCAGAGUUUCUCUACUACAUGAAUGAUGGUGUUUAUGGGUCUUUCGCCAAUAAGCUGUUGUGUGAAGAUUCUGUAUCAAUGCCACUGGUGCACAAGGAGGUGACUGCAGAAGAGCCCCUGUUCUCUAGCAGUUUAUGGGGACCAUCUAAAGAUGAUCUGGAUCAGGUGCUGGAACGAUGUCUUCUGCCAGAACUCAAUGUGGGCGACUGGCUUCUUUUCUCCAGCGCAGGGGACAACAGUCUGAGGGCCACAUUUACAAACGCGGACGAGCUCGAACCGCCUGUUUUCUACACCAUCACUGAAUAUGACUGGAAAGAGAUUGAUAAAUUUGGCAUCACUUUGGACAGAAGGAUAAAAAACUUUUCUCUGGUACCAUGUUGCCUACAGUCAAACAUGUCUGAGGCGUCUGUCUCUACCCCAGCUUAACGUCAACCCUGUUGAGUUUUGUAACCGUUGUAUUUUCUAAACGGUGUUUUCAAGCACUUAAGAACGUGGCAUCUUCUCAGGAGCUUCAGUUGCUCAACUGAUGGACUACAAGCUAAGAGAUGUGAUUAGCUUUAACAAAAUAGCUAUUUACAGAUACAACCAUUAUUAUUAUAUUUAAGUCUGUUUUAUACUUAUAUAAACAGGUUGCAUAUAA